CACGGAGGUCAGUGGAACGAUGGAGGUUAGUGGAACGCCGAACGUCGUCCUCAAGUCAGAAACAGACAUCGAGACUUUAACAGGGCUGGGUCGACUGAGCUGUCCUCCUGCUCCCUGCUCUGAGCAUUUACUUUAUGGUAACUCGAGCCCGAGGCCGGUUCUGUCCCAUCAGGACCCAAGUGACUCGUUAUAUACUGUCAAUGAUCCAUCCUGUUCAUACACUACAGAGAUGAUACCUGGUGACAUGCCUGUGGACUUAGAUACACAGACUAAUUCAAUGAGAGGAGACUGGAACCGGUACAGUAGUAGUGUAUACWKUGAAGGGUCCCUAGAUAAGAAAAGGGAGGGUCUGGUCGUAGAUGAGGUUACUGUGAAAGUGGAGGGCGACAUUCCUCUGACAUGGAAUGCAGACGAGGCUCAGUUAGGAGAAGGACACUCGCAGGGCAACACUAGUGACUUCUUAGACUACAGGAAAAGCUUAGAGACAAAUCUAAAUGUCGCAACCAACUUCCCUUUAUAUGCGUUCAGGGAUCGCGACCCAGUGUCAACGUCAAUGGCACCUUCCGAUUCACAGGUAUUGAACUCAAAAGACAGGGCUAGAGUCCAGACUCAGGGAGGGGGAGCCACAUCAGGCAAUAGUAAAGAAAAACGGUUCCUCUGCAUGUUUUGUAACAAAGGCUUCAGCUGCCUCCAGAAGGUGGAGGUCCACCAGAGGAUCCACACAGGGGUAAAACCCUUCAGCUGUACCCAGUGUCACAUGCGCUUCGCCCAAGCUGGCACACUGAAGAGGCACCAGAGGGUCCACACAGGGGAGAAACCUUUCAGCUGUACUCAGUGUCACAUGCGCUUCGCCCAGGCUGGUGACCUGAAGAGGCAUCAGAGGGUCCACACGGGAGAGAGGCCCUUCGCCUGUAUGCACUGCAGGAAGAGGUUCUCAGAGAGGAGCUACCUCAGGAUGCACCAGCAGAAAAAACAUUCUACUCUAUAACAUAGAAAGUAAAAAUUCCACUCUAUAGCUUCUGAAUUUUAGAUCAAACCCUGCAUUAAAGACAAAGAUGAAUUGUCAUUGUUGUCUGCAGAAAAGAUCCACAGAUGAAUUUGGAAUAAUGAGAGUAACAGAUUUCAGUGUUGAAUAUUCCUGGGUAGAAUAUUGCAUCCAGACACUGUGUGAUAUUUUAGUCGUAUAUAAGCCUAAAAAGUUGGUUACAUAUUGUGUUUGUACUAUGUAGGCAAUAUGAUGUUCACAAAUGCCUAUUUCAUUGCUUCAGUUCAACAACUGAUUUUUURCCCCCCAAGACACUUGAAUGAAUGUAGUUUCAAGUUAAUGCAGAUUCUUUUGUUGAUGUUUYUGUGGUUUUCAUAUGGU